GACCGUUGGAUUGAGCUGAAAUUUUCAGAGGUUGUUCCCAACACUUAGGGCUUCAAUCUGUUCAAUUUUCAUUUCAAUCGGAGCUACGGAUCUUCUGUAAUUGCAGCUGGUGCGACGCUGCGUUUUUGGGUGAUAAUCCUGAUUUUCCUUCUCUAUUGUUGAUGCCUCUUAUGUAUGUUGUUGUUGGUGGGCUGUGACAUCCUUGUAGACUGAGUUUGGGUGUUUUUACCCUCAAUUUGCAUAAUAAGAGAAGAAGAGGGCGGACUCUCUAUAAGUCCAGUGGUUUUUAUCCUUCACAUCGAAGGAGUUUUCCACGUAUAAAAAUCGUGUGUCGUUUGCAUCUUUAUUCUUCAUAUUUGAUUGUGGUUUAUUUGAUGUGCUGUUGAUUUUGUGUGCUUGGUUAAUCAAUUGUGGUGAAUUGGGUUAAGUGUUUGGUUGGUUGUCUUGAAGUUGAUCCUUGUAGGUGUUGUAUCUUACUUGUUGCUUCUCCCCCCAACAAUUCUCUCACCACCAAGUACAGGGUCGCUCUCAACUCGCCUAACGGGGUCAUUGGUGCCGGAGUACAGCGUCGCUCUCAGGUCUGGAGUACUAGACGAACCCUUCACAGAACAUCACUAAGCACUGACUGCGAAGCCCUAGUCCGUUCGUGUCCUCACAAAGCAGAUUGCAUAUCUAAAACUUGGAUGGUAGCUAGUGGCCUCAGGAUCGCAGGCCCAAAAGAUGCCAUCAACAAAUCCCAAUAUGGACGGAGCCACUCGAAAUCACGACCAGACUCGGACGGAACUCUUUCCACCGGCGACGGGUCAGCGGCUAUUCCUGCAAUCCGUUCCCUACUCCUUUCCAGUUUCCGGAUAUUCUGUUCUAAUUGGCGGCGAAGGAUAAGUUGAUGAUUCAGAAUAAUUUGGCCAAUUGAUGCUUCUAAUCGAAGAACAGAUGAUGGUGAGACGGUCAAUUGAAGUCUCUGAUCGGCAGACGAAGGCUUGUCGAAAGCCGAUCCUUCAUUGGAUUGGACACAUGAUAAUCAUAAGUGCUCUGCGCGGCUUUCCAAUCUGCUCAUGGUCAUCCCAAGCUGGUCUGACCUCGUCUUUGAAAUACCAUCAGUGGAUGGGCAUGAACUCGACAUCUUGGAGGAUACGACGGUUGUGGUCUCUUCAGCAACUUUGUGGUCAGCCCGACCUGCUACGCGAUGCUACCGACCGAAAGAAGCUGUUUUCACCGUCGACUGGGCUAGCCUGAGCAACUGGGCAGUAUCGGCUUUUCCUUCAGACCAUGAUGAGGGAGGGAAUUCCUUCGUGAUCCAUUCUUCUGCCGUCCAUAGCCGAGCAUAUAUGGUCUGGCAGGCUGCCGGGCAGGGCUGUAUCAUGAUGAGAAGAGUGGGAAGUAUCUACCGUGCUCUAGUCCAUAAGCAAGAGAGUCAGGCUAGAGAGUUGAAGGAGUGGGGCCCUGCAUCUAUUUGCAUCAAAUAAUGGAGAACAUAUCAAGAACGGGCCUAGGUGAAUGACAUGAUGGUAUGUAUUCUUCACUAUUGUUGCGUAUAAGAGCACUGGUACUACCCUUAACGCUCCUCGGCAUUAUGGCCACCUGGGGGGCGUUAAACACCGCCCCUCUCUCCCGUUAAAAAGGCGUUAAACUUCUUGCGUCAAAGUUUUGACGCACUUUGAAGGCAUUGUCACACCUUCUUCUUCCCUUUUUCUCCCUCUUUUUUCCUCUUUUCUUCUCUAUAAAUUAAAUUUAAUUUU